AUGCUAGACUCACAGACCUCGAUGGAGAGCGCUGGUAUUGGAGGCAGCGCUUCUCCUUCUAUUGGAGCCAGCAUUGGUGCAUCGCCAUCAGUUGGUGCCAGCGUUGGAGGAGGAGCCCUGCCAUCUGUUGGAGCUAGCAUUGGAGCUGGUGGUUCAGCAGCACCCUCGGUUGGAGCCAGUAUUGGAGGAGCAGCCUCCCCGUCAAUUGGCGUUGGUAUUGGCGGAUCCGCUGCUCCCUCAGGCUCAGCAUCGUUGGGUGGUGGCCUUGGUGGUCUCGCAUCGGGUGGCCUAGGUGCAGGACUUGGAGGCGCCGGUGGUCUUCUCGGAGGCUUGGGCGGCAGCGGAAGCGGCCUUGGUGGUCUUGGAGCUGGGUUGGGCUUGGGAGGAAGCGGUUCAGCUGGUGCCAGUGGCUCAGGCGCUCCCGCCUACGGCAGUGGCAGCCCUUCGUCCCCCAACGAGAACUCUUCCCCUGACAGCGGCGCACCUUCAGACACCGAGACUGACGCUGCAUCUGGUUCUCCUUCCGAUUCGUCUGCUCCCAGCUACGGCUCGGACAGCUCCUCUCCUUCUGACAGCUCGUCUGCCCCCACUGACAGCUCGUCCCCUCCCGCCGACAGCUCUUCUCCUCCCGCCGACAGCUCUUCUCCUCCCGCUGACAGCUCGUCUCCAGCCGACAGCUCGUCCUCCCCCUCAGGCACAGAGACAGACGCCGCAUCGGCCUCCCCUAGCGAUGCAGCCUCUGCCCCUACUUACGGCGAAAGUGGCUCUGUCGCAGACGCCAGCGGCUCCGCUGCAGCACCCAUGUACGGCUCUGACAGCUCAGCUCCUGCUCCAAGCGAGUCUGCAGUAGAUGCUGCCUCUGCCACUCCCACUGAGGCACCUUCCGCUCCUGAAUCCUCUGCUCCUACCCUUCCUCUCGCCACUGGCGCAUCUGGCAGCACUUACAAGUCAUACAUUAAGCGUCAGUCCUACGACUCAGGUUCGUCAUCUGGCGGCCUUGGUGCUCUGACCGGUGGCAGCUCUGGUGGCCUCGGUGCUCUUACCAGCGGACUCGGCGGCCUUACCGGUGGAAGCGGCCUCGGCGGCGGUCUUCCCAGCUUGGGCGGUGGCAGCUCCGGUGGCCUCGGUGCUCUGACUGGUGGAAGUGGACUCGGUGGUCUGACCAGCGGACUUGGCGGUCUCACUGGUGGAAGUGGCCUUGGUGGACUUGCAGGACUUGGUGGAUCGGGUACCGGCUCGGCCGGCGCUGCUACAACUGGUUCUGCUUCCAGCUCGGGCGGUCUUGGUGCUCUUGGAAACCUUAUGGGUGGUGGUUCUGGUGGUGCUUCUUCAGGUUCUGCUGGAAGCUCUGAUUCCUCUUCGACUGGCACCGCCACCAGUGGCUUUGGCUCUCUCGGUUCUCUGGUANCAACCGAAAUGGGCACUCUCGGCUCCGUCGUUGGUCCCGGCCUUGCCUCAGCCCUCGUCAAAGACACCGGCUCCUGUGCAGUCCAAGGCGUCGACUACCCAGCCGAUGCCGCCGGCAACGCCAACAUGGNNGGAGCCUCUGGUGGCCCCAAGAUGGCCGCUCUAGCCACCCAAGCCCUCAAGCAAUGCCCCGACACCAAGAUCAUCCUCGGCGGCUACUCUCAAGGCGCCAUGGUGGUCCACAAUGCGCUCGGCUCCAUCGAUGGCUCCAAGAUUGCUGCUGUAACUGCUUUCGGCGACCCCAUGAACGGCCAGAGCUUCAAGGGUGUUGAUGACAGCAAGGUUGUUCGUUACUGCGGGUCUUCAGACUUUGUGUGUGACUUUAGCGGUAAGACUCAGGGAACUGGAAGCCAUGUUUCUUAUGGAUCCAACCUUGCUGAGGCUGCUUCUCGCCUCAGCCAGAUUGUUGGUGUCAAGGCCUAA